AUGUAUCUCAUCAACGUCUCAACAUACGACCUCGAAGAGUUCCACGGUAAUAUUCCCAAAUAUGCAAUUCUGUCGCACACAUGGGGCCCUAGUAGCGAGGAAAUCCUCUUCCGCGAGAUGCAAAAUUCUCUCUCAGAUAUCAGAAUCAAAAAGGGCUUUCGGAAAAUCGAAUUAUGCGCCGAACAAGCAAAACGAGAUAAACUCCAAUAUUGUUGGGUAGAUACCUGCUGUAUCGAUAAGUCCAGCAGCGCCGAACUUUCAGAAGCUAUUAACUCCAUGUUUGCUUGGUACCGGAACUCAACUGUCUGCUAUAUAUACCUCGAGGAUGUCGUUCAUCAAGAAGGAUCCAAUGGAAGAGAUGAUUCUUUCAAGAACGCAAGAUGGUUCACGCGCGGUUGGACACUACAAGAGCUCGUGGCACCGCGAGUCCGUCGGUUUUACGAUGUAAAUUGGACGAUAAUUGGAUCCAUUUCGGAAAAUCACUAUAAUCAACAAGUAGUCAAUGGCUUUCUUCGCGAGUCUUCGGCUGUGGAAAAGCAUUUGAAUCCUUAUCUACCCGAGCGGAGCAACAUCCCAGGCCAAGUCUCUCAGAUCACUGGAAUACCAGACGAGGUUUUCCAUUCUGGCGAUCUGGCUUCUUUCUCAAUCGCUACGAGAAUGUCAUGGGCGUCGAGACGUGAGACAACGCGCACUGAAGACCAAGCGUAUUGCCUGCUGGGUAUCUUUGACGUUCAGAUGCCGCUUUUGUAUGGAGAAGGAAACAAGGCUUUCAUACGUCUCCAAGAAGAGAUUAUCAAAAGACAACCGGACCAUACGCUCUUUGCAUGGCGUUCGGAACAUAACGCGCCAACUCCUACAUUCAGCGGUCUUCUCGCACCAUUACCUAAAAACUUCGCCAGCCAUUAUUGCCAAGGUCUAUCGUCUAAACAUGUCGACAUGCCAUAUGAAAUGACAAAUAAGGGCCUGCAUUUACAAGUACGACUCAUCAAGAGCCGAAAAAACCCCAACGAAGUAUACGCUAUCCUGGAUGUGAGCCACGGAUCAAAUCCAAGAAAUGAUGUAUGGUACGGUAUCAGGCUUGGAAGGCUGGACCAAAAGGGCCAGUUUGCUCGCAUAAACUCGGAUGAGCAACUGGUUACCGAGGCUGAAACGGCGGAUACAAUCUACAUUAAGCCGAGCCAUAUCUAUGUGCAAAAUUUCAUAAACCAUGAAUCACCUCUCUACGAUCAACUGAAACCUAGUAGAGUGAUUCUUGGUUGCGCAUUGGGGACUAUGCUGCUCACCAUUCUGGAAGCAUCAGGUUCAAAAAGCUGGGAUGACAAAUCCUUUAGUUUCUACCCUUCUCAAGACGACCUUUUCUACGCAAAGCUGGCAUUUGAAAACACGCCUAAACUACGGAACAUGUCAUUUUUAACGAUCGGAUGGAUCAGCCGAGUUAACCCAAUUUCUUACUUCUUACAUACUUCGCCUGAGGCCAGCAGUGAGGCUACUACUACCCCCUUGGGCGGAGAGACUAUCUCAACUACUGGGACUGCUACUGGUACCAUCAGUGAAAACUUUACCACUAAUUCAGAAGGCGAGACUAUCUUCCCUACCGAAAUUACAACCGAGGCCAACAUCUCAGGUAGUUAUACAAGCUCGGAGGACGAAAGUACAGGAACUGCUACUGGUACUUCUCCUUCUGUGACUGCAACUGCUACCUUGCCUGCUGGCUUUCCUAGUCAAGUGGGCGAUUUUGCUCUCUUCGGAUGUGUUGUCUCUACCGCAGGCUUCCCUUCAUUUACUCUUGCACAAUCCAACUCGGGCAUGGGUCUUGAUAUUUGUGCUACACUAUGCGCUGGACGGGCUUAUUUUGGCGUCUACAAUACUGAUUGUUACUGUGGUGAUGAGAUUGGUCCUGCUACCAGCCGGGUUGACCUCGACCAGUGUGACAUCGAGUGUCCUGGAGACGACACCCAGUUCUGUGGAGAUGAAUCCAACUCCAAGCUUCGGGAUCGCCAAGCUAUAUCUAGCAAUCUCCUUCUCACCGUCUACAUUGCUAUUGAAGCUGGUGUCACUCUUACCGAGUCUGUCAACCAAACCGUGACAGAUCAGAGGACCGUUAUCACUACUUUUACUACUACCACCACCGCCACCAAUACUGGAGCUUCAACUACAGCCACCGAGGUCAUCACCGCCACUCUGGUAUGCUCUGCUGGAAAGUGCCAUUCGAUCAACUCUGUUACUGUCUACACCUUUGUCGAGAUCAAAGGCAGGGAUCACAAUGGUCAAUGGGUUUAUGUCUCUGAGCCCUGUUCCUGCGCUAGUGGUCAGAGGUAUACUCCCAAGUUCUGCUCCAACGGCAAUUGUAACAAUAUCAAGAUCCACAAACCUCAGCAAUGCCUAGAUUGGUAUAACUACAACAUGUUUUUUAUUCCGACAGAUACAGCUUGCAGCACAUGUCCCAGUGGCGAGAUUGUAUAUCAGCCAUGGGAGAACUCUUGGGGCACUCCUGAUAGUUACAAUAAUGCGGUACCUACUUGUCGUGGACAUGACUGCCCUUCUCAGAAAAACGUUAUUAGACCUUACCAGGGGGCCUCUGGCGGAAGGUCCAAGUCUAGUUCUAAGAACGGUGGCAGUGGCAACUCUCAGGGCGGUUCUAGUUCUGGUUCUAAUGGAGAGUCUGGUGGUGAAUCUGGUACUACCCCCGAUGGCACCCCUAAUGGCAGCUCAAACGACAACUCGAACGACAGCUCGAACGACAGCUCAAACGGCGGCUCCAACUCUGGUACAGAGGGAGAAUCUCAGAGCUCUAGUAUUCCUAGCUCCAAGGGGUCUUACCCUAGUACGGUCCCUGUUAUUAGUGGUGCUAGUAGUCAUGUCUUUAGUGUAGUUUCUCUUAUUUCUCCGCUUGCAGCUCUUCUUUAG